AUGUAAGAUUUUAAUGAUGAUGACAUUCACAUUUUUGUGGGAAAAUUUUAUGAAGAAAACAAGAAUUCAAUCCUGGAUAUGAUAAAGAAUCAAAAAGAAUCUUCUGUAUAAAACUGUAUAUUAUAAUAAAUAAAUUUAGAGAUUGCUUUUUUACAAUAAGCUAUUAGAACAAAAGAAGACUUAAAUAAGCAAAUUAUACCAAUAAUAAGUAAAUAUUUUAAAACAUAAAAGAAUAUCUUUAGAAUUAAAAUCUACAAUAUGGAGAUUUAAAAAAAUAGCAUCAAUAAUUGAUAAUACAUUAAGAAUAAUUUAAACAGGAUAUCAUCCAAUUAUAGGUAAAAUAAUCUAAUCUAAAUUAGAAAUAAAUACAAGAAAAAAAUUUAUAAAAUGAUAAUUCUUUGAUAAUUAUGGAAAAAGAACAAAAAAUAAUGUUAUUAGAAAAAACUAAAAUUGAACUUGAAUAGAGAAUAACUGAAUUGGAAGGUGAAUUUAAUGGAAUGAAAUCAAAGGAUAAAAAAAUUUAAUUCCAAAUAUCAAAACUAGAAAAAGCAAUUGCUUUUGAAAAAGAAUGUAUAUGUAUAAUUUAUGAUUAGAAAAUAUAAAAUUAUAAGAAGAAAAAGGAAUUAUUGAAUAAGAAUUAAGAACAGAAAUAGAAAAAAAAUCAAAAGAAAAUAUAGAAUUAGUAAAAUUUAUCAUUAUUCAUAGAAAAGGAAGUCAGUUAAAAUAAAUUAAAAUGAUUAUGGAGUUAGUUUAAUAAAUGGAGAGGAUUAAAAUUUAAGAGAAAAAAAUAAUCAAUUGUUUAGAGGUAAUUUCAAGCAAUUAUUAAGAUAAAUUUAGAUUUACAAACAACUAGACAACAAAAUGAUAUUAUGCAUGAUACAUAUGAAAAAUAAAUUAAAUAGUAAAAAAUUUAAAUAGAAAUCUAUGCAAAAAAUAAUUUAGAUUUAUAAAACUAAGUGAUAGAAUUAAAAAAGAAUUUAUCCUUAGCUCUAGAAGAAAUAGAAAAUUAGAAAAUACAAAUAGAAAAAAUGGCAAAUAGUGAAAAUUUAGAUGGAGAAUCUACUUUAAAAGAGUGUAAAAUUAAGUUAAGAAAAUAUGAAAGUCAAUUAUAAAAAGUUAAGGCAAAAAUAGAAAUAAAAGACCUUUAAAUUCAAGAAUAAAAUUCAAAUUAACUUAUAGAAAUCAUUAACAUUAUUGAGACCUAUAACAAAGAAAAUCUUUAGAUUAAUCAAUAAUUAUAAUAGUAAAUAUAAUUAGUUGAAGAAUUGAAACUUUUAAAAGGGAAUAAAAAUGAGAAUAAUGAUAUAGAAAAAUAUAAAUAAUUGGAAGAUUAAAUCGAAAAAUAAAAAAUAAUGAUCUAAAAGUAAAAAAAAUAGAUAGAAUAACUUUAGAAAUCAAAGUAAGAAUUUAAUGUAAUUAGUAAUCCAAAAGUUGAAUCUGAAUAGCUUAUCUAAAUAUAAACUAUUAGUUAGGAGUCUGAAUCAACUAAAAAGGUGAAUAAUGAUAAUCUAGAAAAUAUUAUUCAAAACCUAAAAAACUAAUUACAAUAAACUAAUCUAAAGUUACAGCUUCAGGAAUAAAAUUAAUAGCAAAAUGAAACAAAAUUAAAAGAAUUGCAGUAAUAAAUUUUGGACAGCGAUGAAUAAAUAAAAUAACUAGAAAAAAUAAAUAGGAUUUAAUAAACAUUAAUUAAUGAAAAUUAAAAUCAACUUGAAGAAUAUAAAGAAAGAAUUAAUUAAUAAAAUAAUUAGGGAAUGAUUCAUUAGGAAAAUGAACAUAAAUCUAAUAAUGAAAAUUUAACUGAAAAGUUUAAAUUAGAUACACCUUCUGAACAAAAUUUAGAAUAAAUAUAAUAAUUAAGAUAAUAAAUUGAGGAUUUAAAUAAACAAAAUUAAAUUAAAAUUAUUCAAGAACAAAAAUAGGAAAUUAUUUUAUUAAAUAAUAAAAAAGAUAAUGAAUAAUUAUAAGAAAAACUUUAAAUAUUGAAGAAAAAUAAUUAAAAUCUUGAAAUGGAAAUAUAAGAAUUAAAAAAAAAAAAAGAAGCUCAAGAAAUUCAAUUUAAUUCUAAUAUUUAAAAAGAAUAAGAUAAAAAUAAAUAAAUAGAAAGUGAAAAAAUUAUAUUAUAAGUAGAAAAAGUUUAAUUGAAGGAUGAAAUAAAUCGAUUACAAAAGGAAAUAGAAAAUAUCUCUAUAAAUGAAAAAAAAUUGUAGUAGCAAUUAAUAGAUAUUUAAUAAUAAACUGAAUAAAUGCUGAUUUAAUACAAAUUUAAGGAAACAUCUUAAUUAUAGGAUAUAGAAAAAUUAAAAGAAUAGAAUUAUUUAAAUUAAAUGUAAUUGUCAAAAACUAUAGAUGAGGCUUAGUAAACAGAAAAAAUGUUAAAAUAAGAAUUAGAAAAAUUAUAAUUAAAUUUUUAAAGUUUAGAAAAAGAAAAUACUCUAUUAAAAAAUGAAUUAUAAAAAAAAAAGGAAGAAAUAUUGUUAGGAAAUGAAAAUUUUAAUAAAUAACAGUAUUUAUUAGAAUAGUAAAAUGUUAUUUAAAGAGAAUAAUUAAAAGAAAAAGAAGCUUAAAUAUUACAAGAAAUUGAAGAGAAAAAAAAAUUGAAUCAAUAAAUAUAAUAACAAAAUAUGAAUUUCAAUGAAAAAGAAAUAUAAAUGUAAUAAGAAAUCGAGAAUAUUAAAGCAUAACUAUAAUAAAUGUAAUUAAAUAAAAAUUCAUCUUAAUUAACUUUUUAGGAAGAAUUGAAUUAAUAAAAAAAUAAAAUUAAUUAAUAUGAGAUGAAUGAAAAAAAUAAUAAGUAGUAAAUUGAAGAACUUAAAGAGCAUGUACAAAAUUUAGAAGAUUUUUCUUAAGUUUCAGAAAAUCACAUAUCUGAAUAACGAGAGAAAGAAUAGCAAUUAAUAAAAUAAAUAGAUACUUUAAAAUUAGAAAAUUAACAAUUUAUUGAAUAAAUUUCUUCAUAUAAAGAAUAAUUGAAAGAAUUUCAGGUUUAAAAUCAAAAAAUUACUCAUGAUUAUGGUUAAUUACAAAAUUAAAUUUAAGAAUUGAAAAUUUCCUAGACAAGUCUUUAAAAUAAAAUAAUCAAUUAUGAAGAUAAAAUUAAUAUUCUUUAAAAAUAAAGAGAAUAGGAUAAUACAAAAAUUAAAGAAGUUGAGGAAUUAUUAAAACAAAAAAUAGAAUUAGAAAAAAAAAUUAAAAAUUAAAAUGAUACAAUUUAAAAACUUUGCGAGUAAGUUAAAUUACUCGAAGAUCAGCAUCCAAAUGAAUAUUUAGCAACUCAAAAAGCAAAAAUGGUUUAAUUAUAAAAAGAUUUGGACAAUUAAAAAAUUGAAAUUAAAAAUUUACAACAAGAAAUAAAAAAGUAUUAAUAAAAAGAAGCUUAAGAUAAAGUUUAUAAAGAAAAAUUAGAGAGGAAAUAUUUGGAAUAAAUUUCUUAAUUAUCAAAUAAUCAAGAUGAAAUGUUUGUAUAAAUAAAGAAAUAGUAAGUAUAUAUCGAUUAGCUUGAACUUAAAGUUUUGCAAUUAAAAUAAAAUAAGGAUUUUAUGUUAACAAAAUGA